AUGGUUCGUAAAAAAUCGACAGCAGCUAAAGCAAAAACACGUAAAAAAGCUUAUGAACGAAGAAAAACUCAAGAUCGUGUUAGUCAUUCAUGGCGUAAAUUACUUUUAAUUGCAACAGCUGCUAAUAAAUUUUUACGUUUUAGGCGUUGUGAUAUUGCUCUUACUUGUUCAACGUCUGAUUCAAACAAAUCACAAUCAAAUAAAAUAUUUUUGAAUAAUGUUAGUUUUGUUCAGAAAGAUAUAGAAUUUAGAUAUGUCAAUAAAAUUAAUGCUACGAGUCGUUUAGAAGAUUUGAAUGUUGUUCAGGCUACUAUAAAAAGUCUGAUUUCAAAAGUUUGUCGACGAGAUUAUGAACGAAAACGACAAUUACAGAAUAGAAAACGAAAGCAUUCAUCAAAUACUUCUGCUAGUAACAUGACGUCAGUUUUGAAAUGCUCUAGACAAUGUGCUUGGUUUCAAAAUAAAUAUUCACAUGAUAGUUUAUUUCGUAAAAAAGAAAGUACACGUGUAGCUACAAUUUUUCAAAAUAAAUAUACAAACAAUAUUGACUUUCGUGAAAAACAAAAGGCUCGAUUAAGAACACAUUUUUUAGAGAAAUAUAGAAGCAAUACUAGAUUCCAACGUAGUAAAUCUUACUUAAAUAAAUCAUUGUCAACAGAAAAAGAUUGGAUUUGUAAAACAUGUUCAGAUAAAAUAAAGAAAGGACAAAUCCCAAGUAGAGCAAUUGUAAAUAAGCUUGAGGUAAGUGAGAUUCCAUCUGAAUUAAAAAGAUUAAAUAAUCUUGAAAAACAUUUAAUUGCUUUAAGAUUACCCUUUAUGAAAAUUGUAAAUUUAACAUCCGGUAAAUUAUCAAGUAGAUUUGCACAAAAAGGUACUAAAGGACCACUUCAUUGUGUACCAUCAGAUGUACAAGAUACAGUAACUAUCUUACCUCGCCCAGUUGA